UCCGCAUUUUAGUGCAACCUGAACUUCGCGGUCAUUCUUCCCUUCCUUUCCUCACUUACCACCUCGAAACUGAUUUACUCAUGUCGUUGUAUCAACCCACACUCUUCACGCCUUUACAAUCCCUCUCAAGACAUGGCAGAGACGUGUAUCGUCUGCCUCGGUGACCUGCGCACCUCCACCGUCGAGGAACCCGCACCGGAUAUAGCCGCCACUGCGGCUGAUACCGCGGGAGAUGCGGCGCGCCAAAGUCAUGAUGUCCGAAGACAUGCAACAUUAAAUGCGAAAAGCAUCCAAUCCGACGAGGAAGCCAUCGCCCACCUGCUGCCAUGCGCUCACGAUCUGCACAACUCAUGUCUGACCCCGUGGGUGGAGCGUGCAAACAGCUGUCCGAUAUGUCGAUCCACUUUCAACAUGGUCGAGCUAUGCGAGGUCGUCGGUGGCCCUGUCAUCGACAGCUACGUCGUCCGCGACAAGGUUCAGGAAGCCGAGCUUGACCCUACCAUGAUCAUCGAAGAUGAACUGUUCGAAGCAGAAGCGUACGAGCCGUGUCUCUUGUGUGGCGUAGCCAGCGAGGAGCAUGGCGUCAUGUACUGCGACGGUUGUGACAAGGCCGUCCACGUGUUCUGCGCUGGGUACGACGAUGCGCCGGAAGUCUGGUACUGCGAGACGUGUCUCGUUGACCUCGAAAACGACCUGGGUCUGCCCGGCAUGGCUUCGGCCGUAAGAGGAAGACGACGACGGCGACCGGCAGCUCCCCAGCGGCGCACACGACGCAACAACGAUGCCAUAUGGGCGCGUGUAUGGCAAGAGGUGUCCCGCCGCCUCGAUCUGGACCUCGACUUUCCCUUUGACGACGAGCUCAGUGAUCAACGCACAGAAGAACAACGACGGGAGUUCGCUCGUUGGCAGCGUCGGUUUGAGGUUGCCAACCAACAAGGCGCGACAAAUCGACUACGUGACAUCGCCAAUAGUAGGCUGCAGGGAGAGGCAACAAGACCCAACCCCGAAUCGCAAGAAGAGCUCCGAGCCUGGAAUGCCUUUGACAAAGCGCGAGAGUCACAAGACGCGCCCGCGUCAGUGAGACGGCGCAAGCGCAAGGCAACAGCGUCGCCAGCGCCAGAACCCGAAGUUGAACAGGUCGAUCAACCUCCGCAAAAGAGACCCCGUUUACGACGCCCUGAACCCCGAGCCGAUCAACAACCAGCACAACCCCCGACGGCCACUUUAUCACGACCGGAAGAGCAACCUACCUUUCUAUCCUCACUUCUUCGCGAAGUCGAAAGCAAACCCAUUUCUGCCGGCUCUCCAGGCGCGUCAGAGCAAAACAACGGCCAGCUAUCGCCGAGAGAUUCGUCACCCGACGCAUCUUCCUCCGGCUCGCACACACCGCGCGCGCUAUCCGUGACACCGCCACCCCAUCGACCCUCAUCUCCGCCCCUCUCCUCCACCAUCAUGCCCUUAUCCUCGCCUCUGAAUGCCACCUUCUCACCAUUCUCGCCCGCGGUCGUGUCGCAAGGUCCUUCGCGCAUUCGACACGUCAAUAGGCGAGGUCGGCACCGUCGGAAGUCGGGCAGCCCACCGUCCAGCAUUGAAGAAGAGCAUCAACCCCGCGCCGCAUCGGCAUCGCCGAGCCGCAAUCUAUCUUACUCCGCAAAAGAAGAGAUACAACGCAUGGUGAAGCUGGCAUUGGGAUCCCGCUACCGCGACAGGGAGGUCACGAAGGAGCAGUACACCGACAUCAACAAGAGCGUCUCGCGCAAGCUGUAUGACCUCGUUGGCGAUGUUUCCGCGCUCGCAGACCAAGCCGAGAGGGAGAGGUGGCAGGCUGUCGCUGACGAGGAGGUGAAGCAAGCGGUCGCUGCCCUUGCCGCUACGACUAUAUGUAAUGAUUCAUGACGAGGAUGCUGGCACGGCUCUCCUGCGUGCCGGGAAUCGGUUGCAGCCCAUCCUCAACUGCUUAUGUAGAUACUGAGACGAGAUAAUGAACUUGCUGGAUUUGCGGGCUCAUGUAGCCUGACAUGACUCAAUUGACCUCAUCG